AUGGAAACUCAGAUUUCAAAUGUUGAAGACGGUACAAACCCCACUGAUUUUGCACAACACAUGGCAUAUACUGAAAUAGGUGCAGAAGGUGCAAUAGGUUUUUAUUCUGAGAAUAGUGACAAUUUAUCACUGGACCAAUUACAAGCAUCAAAAGAUGACACAAAUAUGAUUUGGUCAUUACCCAUCAUGUCAAAUGAUGAAACUUUAGAGUUGUGGAAUAUUCUGAAAUCUUGGAACCUAGGUUGUGUAUAUCAAACUUGCAUAGAUCAACUUAUAGAUACAGAUGCAUUAAAAUAUAUGAAAAGCAAACAUAUAGGAUUAUUAUUAACUAACUACCCUCUUGGCAUACAUAUUAAGUUUGAAAAACAUUUAGAGGAUUAUCAGAAAAACCAAGAACAACAACACGAUGUUUCAUUGUUAAAAUCAAAAAUAAUAGCCGAAACUCCAGUCCAGAAUUUAACCCUAACGAGUACUAAACCAUCAGAAAUUGGAUUUGAUCUAAAUGAAAUUUUAAUCAAAAGCACUCAAGGUGCUAUGAUAAUUGAUUAUUAUUAUAAACAAAAAAAAUUAAAUGAAUCGUCUCGAUCUUUAUUGGUAGAGAUAAUUAUAAAUGAUCUAAUAAAAAAAAACAGAACCAUGACAAUAGAUUUAGCCAAUAGUAUAUCAAAUGCCAUUGUCAAAUCAUUUCCAACAGAAAUAAAGGAUGUAUAUUUCUUAAAAGAUUUUUCUUGUAAAGCACCAAAGGGAAAAGUUUAUGCCAAAUAUUUCAACACAAUGAAAAGGCUCAAAGAUGUUGGUUUAAAAUCUACAAAUAAGAUAUUUGAGAAUAAAAAUAUUUUGAGUAGAUCUGAAGAUAAAUUGGAUUGUUACUUAAAUGAAAUUGAAUCUGAAUCUAUUGAACUAACUGCCACAUUAAUAAAUGAUGGAGACUUAUCUUGGACUGAGAUAGAAACAAUUUGGAAACAAACAGUUAAUUAUAGACUUCAAUUCAUAAAAGAAAAUAACACCUCAUCUAUUUUUAAAAAAUGGAUACACUAUACAAAACCUUUAGGCUACAAAUUAAUUGAGAUUGACUUUUGCCGUAUGUAUUCAAAGUUCAAAAACUUAUCUGUAAAGUUUGGAGAUAAAUCGUCAACUCUAUUAAAUAUUUUUGAUGACCGUAUUAAAGAUAGUGGAAGUAAAACCCUACUACAACAAUUAAAAGAAUCUAACAAUUUAUGUGACAAUGGUAAACACUUAACCAUGUUAUAUUUAUUGCAUUCAUUGUUUAUACCAACAUCCAGAAAAAUGACCUUAGAUGAAAAUGGGAAAAAAUCUAUGAUCAAAUAUUCUAUUAGAGAUUCACAGAAUACUUUUAUUUUAGUAGCACCAGCUGCAGUAGAAUUAGAUACUAUCAUGGAUAAACUAAAAAAUCAAUCAAAUAGUAUACAACCCUGUAUAUUAGUAGUAGGUUCAUUAUUAUAUCCAAAACAAGUAUUGGUUUAUUUUGAUGAUGUUAAAUAUAAGCUAAUAACUGUUUUAAAAGCCAUUGAUGUGUGUUUUAAAAUUUUUCAUGUAUUUAAUUUGGAAUACCCUUUAGAGUGUAGGGAUGUAUGGUUGUUCUUGCAGGUUUAUUUUUAUGAAAUAUGUACAAAAUAUGAUAAAAGUUGUAGCUUAGUUAAACAGAUCUGUUCUGAACUGGAUUCUAAGUAA